GGGGCGGGCGAUCGCCCUUUUAAUCGGUGCAACGCGAAAUUUGGCUGCAGCACCAGGGCAGAGUGUGGCCUGACCCCCCUCCUGCCCUGCAGAAUAAGCUCCAGGGAGAACUGAGUGCGCUCCACUCCCCCCGCCAGGGAGGGACCGAUAGUUUACGUCAGCAGGAACAAAGGGUGGGACUUCGGCAGCAGCACAUUAUCCCGUAUGCGGGUGUCUCCCUUUGCUGCGGUGAGGAGCUGGGCUCAAGGCUGUUUCACUUCCAUUCCAGCUGCCUCUGCAAAGGUGGAAGAAGAAGCCCGAACUUCACUGUUUUGCUGUCGGCUGAUUGCUGCUGUUGAGCGCAUGACAGGAAAGCACAGGGGCCUCGGAGAGAAAACUCACAGCCAGCAGUGAGGCCUGUGUGCCAAUAUUCUCUUGGCAGUUCUUCCCAUGGCCAUAUUUGACAGGAUGUGCUGUGUCCAGUGGUGGUGCUGACUCCACUCUGAUGCAUCAGCAAAAUGAACUGGCAUUGUAAAAUGGCCUUAGUGUAUAUGAGAAUCAGACCCAGAGGGCUCCACAGGUGAAAAAUGAAGGUUCAGUGAUGCUUAAACAUGCUGCUAAAGAAUUAUGGGUACCUGCUGUAUGUAAUGGCACGGGCUCAGCAGCCUUAAGUAGACCAACGUGUGAGUAAGAAGCUUCAGACUCCCUCCCAAUAUUUUGAAGUAUAGAAGGAAGAAAUGAAUCUUGCCAAUGAUGGUGCAAUGUCCAGAGCCAUAUUUGACUGGGACUAUGUUCUGUGGGAAGUUCGUUUGACAUUACUAGCAGCUGGUUUUUUCAUCUACCUGGGAGUAUUUCUUUUAGCUCACUGGCUGUCCUCAUGGAUCAGUGCUACUUAUCGUGCUUUGUCAGCAAAGGAGAAGGUCUUCUGGAAUAUGACUAUCACACGUGGCGUGUUUGGAGUUCAGAGUUGCAUAGCUGGGUUGUGGGCCAUGCUCAUAGAUCCAGUUUUUCAAGCUGACAAAGUGUAUUCACAGCAAAAGUGGAGCUGGUUUAAUUGCUUAAUAGCCUCUGGCUUCUUUUUGCUUGAAAAUGUAGGUGUUCAUCUGUCUAAUAUUAUUUUCAAGACGUUUGAUGUAUUCUUGGUAGUUCAUCAUUUACUUGCCCUCGGUGGCUUUCUUGGGCUGAUAACAAACAUAAAAUCUGGACACUAUCUACCCCUGAUUGGACUGCUACUUGAGAUGAGCACUCCUUCAACCUGCUUCUCCUGGGUACUUUUAAAGAUUGGCUGGUCUAAUACCCUUUUUUGGAAGGCAAACCAGUGGGUAAUGAUCCACCUGUUUCACUGUCGCAUGAUCAUUACUUAUCACAUGUGGUGGGUGUGCAUUUCCAAUUGGAAUGAUGUGGUGGAAAAUAUGGGACUUCCAUAUUUUACUGUCUUUUUCAUGGGAUUAUGUUCACUUACAAUAAUACUUAACCCAUACUGGACAUACAAGAAGACCAAGCAGCUCCUCACUCCAGUUGACUGGAACUUUUCGAAUACAGCAAUGAAAAAUGGAUCUUUUGGAAAAUUAAACGGUGAAACAGGCCAAAAGAAGAGGCUAUAAUGCUGCAACAGAUAUUAUGGUAAAAUCUGGCCAGAAGAACAUGGAGCAGGUUUACUCCUGAGUGCAUGAAAAUAGAAUUAUUUACAAGACGUUUAUAAACAUAUUGCUCAGUUGGCCGAUUGUUAUCAGUAUUCUAUACUCAUUUAUCAAAAGUGUUUAAAAUUGUUGCUUCUUCUCUCUCAUAUAUAUAGAAUAUAAAUAACACAGUCAAAA